AUGUAUAGUCGUCAGAACGGCCAUGGUGGCCAGUAUCCCAUUCCCGCGCCCACAGGCGCUGAUGGGCCUCCCUCCCAAGCCCGCAUGGGUAUGGUACCUGCGCCCACCCAAGCCGCUCACAGCACCACCACGACACCCUAUUGCGGCACCAAGAAUGGCCGUCGCUACACCCUGAAAGUCGAACAGGAGCCCGUCCGCGCUCGCAUGUGCGGCUUUGGUGACAAGGACCGUCGCCCCAUCACGCCGCCACCCUGCAUCCGCCUCAUCGUAACGGAUGCGAAGACUGGCCAGGAGAUUCCUUUUGAAGAAGUUGAAAGCACCUUCUUCGUCCUCACCGUCGACCUUUGGGACGCCGAGGGUAAUCAUGAGGUGAACUUGGUGCGCCAUUCGAGCGGUGCCCCCAGCGUGUCCAUUUCCAGCUCGACCACGACAUCAUACCCUCCGCCACCAGAACGCCAACCCGUCGCUCAUCAAAUUUACCACAUGGUGCCCACGUACAACUCGUAUAACAACGUCCAGCAGCCCACACAGCCACAAGGCGUUCAGUAUGGCGCUCCUCCCCCAAUUCAGGGCUAUAGUUAUGCGCAGCCCACUGCAUAUGCGAACAAUCAAUAUCCCCCAAUCAACAACAUGCCCGGCUUCCCUGCUAUUCCAGUUGCCAUGACGGCACCGCCGCCUGCUCCAGCUACUGCCACCGGCAUGUUCACCCGGAACCUCAUCGGCAGCCUUUCUGUUAAUGCCUUUCGCCUGCACGACCCCAGCCAAAAGCUAGGCUUCUGGUUUGUGCUUCAGGAUCUCUCAGUCCGCACCGAGGGAAAUUUCCGACUCAAGAUGAACUUUGUCGAUGUCGGCAGCGACCUGCCUAACCAGCAUCUGAAUACUGGCAGGGCGCCUGUCCUGGCAACCUGCUUCUCGGACAAAUUCCAAGUCUUCUCGGCGAAGAAGUUCCCUGGCGUCAUCGAGAGCACAUCCUUGAGCAAGUGCUUUGCGGAACAGGGAAUCAAGAUUCCCAUACGCAAAGAGGGCCCUAAGAUCUCCAAUCAAGCCGAAUUUGAUGCUGAUGAGGCUUAA